GUUUGAUUAGCAAUGUCAGCCACUGAAUAAACCUGCAAUCCAGAACAAAGAUCCUUACCGAUACAACGGAUUAAAACCUAGGCUACCAAGCACCGAAACCGGAGCACAGGAGCCGAUGAUGCUUUCCAUCCCUCCAGUGAUGAAUGGUCAGGCCCGAAACAGCUCGAAGCUGUCCCUAAGCUGGCUCUCCUCAGACGACAGCAACUCCUCAGUCACAACCUCCGACCUAGCCACCGAGACAGUCAAUCCGUGGGACAUCGCCCUGUGUGUGGUGGGCACUGUCAUUUCCUGCGAGAAUGCCAUCGUGGUGGCUGUGAUCUUCUACACGCCAACCCUCAGGACUCCAAUGUUCAUCCUAAUCGGGAGCUUGGCGUUGGCGGAUCUCCUCGGAGGAGUCGGCUUGAUCCUCAAUUUCAUUUUCCUCUACUUGCUGAACUUCGAAGCCGCUCGACUGGUGUCGGCUGCGCUGCUGAUAGCCUCCUUCUCGGCUUCAGUCUGCAGUUUGCUGGCCAUCACCAUGGACCGUUAUUUGUCGCUGUAUAACGCGCUGACAUACCACACAGAGAGGACCACCACUUUCACUUACCUGGUGCUGUUCGCCAUCUGGGUCACAUGCAUCAGCUUGGGAUCACUGCCCGUCGUGGGCUGGAACUGCUUAGAAGACGAGACGUCUUGCAGUGUUAUCAAACCCAUCACCAAAAACAACGCGGCUGUGCUUUCGGUCUCAUUUCUGCUGAUCUUCGCUCUGAUGUUGCAACUGUACGUUCAAAUCUGCAAGAUCGCCUUCAGACACGCUCAGCAGAUCGCUGUGCAGUACCAUUUCGUGGCCACCUCCAGCACCUCGACCAGGAAGGGUAUCUCCACGUUAUCGGUCAUCCUCGGCACUUUCGCUGCUUGCUGGAUCCCUUUUGCAAUCUACUGUCUGAUUGCAGACUCCAGUUACCCACUGAUUUACACCUAUGUCACCGUGCUACCGGCGACUUGCAAUUCAGUGAUUAAUCCUAUUAUUUAUGCAUACCGGAACCCUGACAUCCAGAAGUCGCUCUGGGUAGCAUGUUGUGGCUGUAUCUCAUCUAAUUUCUCAUUUAGACCAAGGUCGUCCAGUGACGUAUAGUGUCUUCUGUUUCGUGGGAUUUUAUUCUUUCAAACAAUCAUUAUUUGUAAUUUUUAUUUUUUUACUGGAAGUUAUUUUCAAAGAAAGACAUGUUUUUGCCCGCUGUAUAAAACAAGGCAAAGUGUGCUUUCGAGAGCAGCUUUUUCUCACGUCAGUACAUUCACGUUGUAUGCGCCCCCAGCGGUUUCCAGUAGAAUCGCGAUGAGAAACUGCAUUAUUCCAGACGGGACAAAUGCGAUGGUGUAAACGUGUAUUGAUACAGAGACACAACAUUUCUACUGAUGAAAUAGCCCUGUGUUGGGGAAACGUUAUUUUACUCCCCCCAAAAGUCUUCAACUUAGAGAUAACUGGCAAUGUUCAGGAAAGGGCAGAUAUUGUUGGAAUGUUGUAAGGGUCACUUUGCACCGUCCCCAGUUGUCUAUGAACACCAAUGGUAACUAGCCUCCAGUUUAAAGCACUAUUGGUGCAUGAUGCACUUUAAACUAUCUAAAUUGAGGCCAGUGCUCUAAACGUCUUUAAAGACCUAUCUAGUCCAUUGCAAUAAAAAAUAGACACGGUUUUAUUUAUUUAACUUUGAUCUUUACACCUGUCAAUCUCACCUACCCAUCCACUAUUUAUCAUCAACUGAAGCUUGAAAUUCCAACUGUGACGGGAUUUUAUUUUCUAUUAUGGAGAUUUAAAAUCCAAUAGAAACUGCGUAUUGUAUUGGUCACAAGAUUGUGAGAGUGUCAGAAUGAUUUACUGUAUUUCCCAAGUGAUCCCUGGGUAUGAUAUGAGCUGCUGCAGUGAACAUUAUCCUGCAGCGGCGCAGCUUUCGUUUUAAAGCGCACCUUGGUCCUUUAUUGCGGCUCAUUUCUCGUGAUUCUUAUUUGGAGUAUCUUUUCUUUCUGACUGGUGCCAAUACCUCAAAUUGUGAAUUUUCUUGUCACCGUAUUGGCGAAGCCCCUUGCCUUUUGGGGGGUGGGAGUUGACCAGAGCAUAAAACCCAAACGAAAUGGCAGUUUUUAAUAAUUAAUAAAUUAGCACAGGGAAAUUAAUCCAGUGUCAUACUAUUUGAUUACUCUCCCAAAAUAGCCCGAAGAAUUGAGAUAGAUCCUUUCCGAGGAGUCAUCGUGCACUUUGUAAUCCUGUCCGUUCAUUAGUAGAGACAAUUGUAAGGUUUCUUGAAACAGAUGUUUCCUUCCCACCCCCAUCCUUAAAAUUGCACUUUAUCAAACGAGAGUGAAUUUUUUAAAGAAAAAUGCCACUUCCUGCACUGUCAAAUGUCUGAGAAGCCUAUUUAUCUGCUGAGAUGGAUUUAUUUUGUUAUUGUUACAUAUGACUGUAAACAGCGUUAACGACCUUUUUGCAAAGGGUAAAUUGGACUAAAAUAAACAAUAUUUUAGGAAUCAA